CCAUCAUCAUCCCCCUCUCUCUCUCUCUCUCUCUCUCAUUCUCCGUCCCUCUCGCCGUCUCCAUCCACCGCCGGCGACGAUGACCUCCCCGCCGGACAACUCCUACCCACCCCUCUUCCGCCAGAUCCAACCCAAUCCGAUUCCCAGAACCUCAGAAGACGAGAUCAGCCUCCACAUCCCCGUCAUCGACCUGGAAUCCCUAGACGACGAUGCCCUCGCGGCGGCUUGCAGAGACUAUGGCUUGAUCCGGCUGGAGAACCAUGGGAUUCCGUCCGAUCUCUCGAUGAAACUCCAGAACGAGACGGCGAGGUUGCUGAGCCUCUCGUUUGAGGAGAAGGAGAGCCGGUUCCAUGGCUCUCCGGUGAGUUACUUCUGGGGCACGCCAGCGAUGCGAAGCCUUCGGAGCGUGAACUGGGUCGAAGGUCUUCACAUCCCAAUGGAUCAGCUCCGAUCCGACGUUGAUUCCUCUUUUUCAUCGUUUAGGUCUUUAGGUGCAGAGUAUGGAGAGCAUAUGGCCAGGAUUGCAAGAAAAAAAUCUUUUGAUGCAGUGGCACGUGAUCUCAAGUUAGACAGCAGCCAAUUGGGGUCAUACUUAGAUGAGUCUCAUGGCAUCCUGCGAGUGUAUAGAUACCCUCUUUGCCCGGACGUGGGCAACUACUUUGGCAUGGAUACACACACAGAUAGCUCUGUUUGGUCAAUUCUAAACCAAGACUCUGUUGGAGGUUUGCAGAUCCUGCAUGGCAACCAAUGGCUCCAUGUGCCCCCUGUCCCUGGCUCUAUCAUUGUAAACGUUGGCGACAUGUUACAGGCCAUAAGCAAUGAUAAAUACAAGAGUGUCCAACAUAGAGUUUUGGCCAACGGUGAUAAGGAGAGGAUGUCCCUGUGUUACUUUGCUUUCCCAAGAGAAGGUGGUGUGAUUAAAAGCUCAAAUUACAGGCCAUUCACUUACCAAGACUUCAAUGCUCAGGUUCAACAAGAUGUCAAGGAUUUUGGUUUUAAGGUUGGACUGGAGAGGUUCAGGAUCAAGAGCCAGGGUUGAAGACUUUCUCUUCUUCUUCUCGUUCUCUUUGCUCAUACAUUUUAAUGUAUUUUUGAACUAAAAAGUUUGUGUUAAAAUUAAAUGCAGACAGAGGGGCCUCCGGCCCUCCCCUUCCGAUC